AUGGCGGCAAGUCUGCUUCAAGAAAAUUUGCGGAGUUUGCAUGAUUCUCUUACAUCUCAAGACAACUUUGCAAAGGAGCAAUCGGAUAGUUGCAUAUCUGACAUAAGACAAAUAUGUGUUUAUGAAGCCAAAGAAUAUGAAUUUGACUUGUACUGUUCAGUGUUAUUUGACAUAGAUACAGGUGUUAUUAUUUACCUGAAAAAACUAAUUGGAAAGGAUGAGUUCCAAACAAGUAAACAGAAAAUUUUGGAAUUUUUAUCUGAGUUUAUUCAGAAGGUUGAGAAAAAGAUAUCACAUUAUGCCUUGGAGAUUAAAGAUGUUUGUAUGUCACUCUUCAUGAGAGAAAAGGGAGCUAAGAUUAGGAGUGCAGCAAUAUCUGUUUUAGUCAAGUUACUAGAACUAACAGCUGGAACUUCAGUAGGGAAAGAUUUUGAAGUAAAAAAGAUGGCAGAGAAAAUAUUUAUGGAAUUUGCAAAACCAUUAUCCAAAACACCUGCUACUGUGAAGGAGAAGCUAUAUAUAGUGUUAGGAGUGAUGGCUGAAAUCUAUCCAGAAUACAUGACUGAGUAUGCUGAUAGAUUGACUGGACAGUGUGUGGCUGCCCUUAAGGAACAGAUGACAAGCAAGACAAAGAAAGCUGAACUGACCAUCAUAUCUGGAUGUUUAGAAGGGCUAAGAGCCUGUUUAGUUAACUUUACACAAUCAGCUGACGAAGGGUCUAAGUAUUCCUAUGACAUUUUUAAGUACACAAGAAUGGCCAUCAGUAAUACUGAGAUAGCUCGUUAUGAUGUUCCCAAAGCUGGACUGAGAAUGAUAGCUAAACAUGCAGCACAGUUUAACAUGUAUCUGUUUGAUGAUUAUCAGGAAAUGUAUGAGAAGUUGAGAUUUUGGAGUAAACAUCACAACAGAGAAAUGUUACAUGAAGGGAUGGCUGCUGUUGAAUCUUUCCUCAAACAGAUAUCAGAAUCAUUGGUAGAGAAGGCGAAACAGGGAAAGAAGGAAGGGGGUGUUUUUAAGUACUUCAUCCAGCAGUUUAGAGGUAUCAUGAAUGAUAGUUCAGCUACAGCUAAGGAACUAUCCCUGGCAGUCAGAGGAUAUGGUCUACUAGCAGCACCAUGCAGAACUUUUCUGAAGCCAGCAGAUGUACAGUUUAUGUUUAGUGAAAUGAUCACCAAAAGUCAACAACAGUAUUUAGUAAUUAACACAGAGAUAGAAGACAAGUUGUAUAAUCUACCAAGUUAUCUAGAAUCUCUAGCAAACAUUAUAUUCCAGUUAGAUGAUAUUACAGAAACCUAUGCCACCUUGCUUGAGCGACUUAUGAUUGUAAUGAUGGAAAAUGUCCCAGUUGUACACCAUACAAUGAGAUUUAUUGCCAUUAGGUCAAUGCUUUGGUUAUUAUUAUCUGUCAUGUCAAAAGGAGCUACAUUUCAGAAAAUAUCUUCCACUGUUGUAUUUCAGGGACUGAUAAGAACAUGUUCCCAUCCACCCAUUGUUGACCUGGAGCAAUCUGAUGAGGACAAACCAGAAACAGGAGUCAGGUCCAUAACAUAUAAGGACUACAUAGAAAUAUGGACUGGACUGUUCAGUAGUCCCAAAAUCAAGGACUUUGCCCAGGCAGACAUCAGUAUAGACCAGAGACACAGAUUGACAGAGAUUCUAUAUGAUGAACUUAUUCAGGCCAUACUUAAAAUAAUUGACAAGCUGGAUUUGACUUCCAACACAUCUACUCAGAUAUCUGCCUUGACAGGAAACAGUGAUGAUGAUGAUACUGAUGAAGCCAGUGCAGACCCUGUACAUGGUGUACAAGCCAACAGACCUAAAGAUUUCCAAAUACUAAUCAACUUGGUGGAUUUCUGUAGAGAAUUAUUACCACAGUACAACUAUAAUUUGUUUGAGAAAUGGAUGUUUACUUUCUGCCAUACCAUUGUACUCAAAUCAACAGAGAAUUCUUUAGUCAGUGGAUUUUACAAGUUAAUUGCAGUAGCCAUGAAAAUUGCCAACAAAAUUAAGUUUUUUGAGAAUAUAGUGAAGGACCCAGAUAAUUCCAUGGAAGUUGAUGAGGGAAUAGUGACAUCACAGCAGACACAUCCUUGUUUUCUUUUAGUAUCAAAGUUUUCUAAAGAGGUGUUAGUGAGGAUGAAACAAUAUAGAGAUGAUUUACUAGCUUCUUGUUUGACCAUGAUUCUGGCAUUGCCUAAAGAAAUUAUUACAGAGGAAAUGUCUGAAGUUGUCCCAGCAAUACAGGCUACAUUAACAAUAGGUUUAAGUUACCUCCCCUUAUCUAUGGUGGCAUUAGAUGCUUUAGAGUAUUGGUCAGCCACAUUACCACCCAGUAUACUGUCUCCACAUUACCACAAAAUAUUGCCAUACUUAGAUAGCUAUCUGAGAACUGCUGAUCAAGGAUCAGAUCAAGGAUCAGCAGACAGUGUAUUGAACCUGACAGCAAAGAAACCCAACAGUAAGAGAAAGAAAAUGACAGUCAGACUGGUUACACAAAGGAAAUCUAACGAAGAGAGUUAUCAGUCAGGAUUAUCUCAAGUUAAAUACCGUAUUAUAAAGUAUCUUGGCAGCCUUGGUGGCUGUGUGAACUACAAUCUAUUGGCCACAGCUCAGGAGGAUAUUACUGAACAAGCUAUCUCAUGGGACACACAUAAACAUCUCAAGUUUGAUAUGCCUUUCAUGGAUAUGAAACCUACAAUAUAUCUAGAUUCCUUUUUACCAAGGAUUGUAGAGCUUGCUACAACAUCAAGUGACAGACAAACCAAAGUAGCAGCCUGUGAAUUACUACACUCCCUCGUCUUGUUCUGUUUAGGGAGAGGGGCAUCACAGUUAGGGCGUGGUCAGGAGAGAUUUUCGAUGGCUCCUCUCUACAAAAAGAUGUUUCCUUCACUCUUACAAUUAGCUUGUGAUGUUGAGCAGGUUGCUAAGCAGCUAUUUGAACCUCUGAUCAUGCAAAUAAUUCAUUGGUUCACAAACAACAAGAAGGCAGAAAGUGAAGAAACCAUGACAUUACUGGAUUCUAUUUAUGAUGGAAUUAUCCAGUCAACAGAUACAUCACUGAGGGAUUUCUGUGCUGUUUGUCUCAAAGAGUUUGUCAAAUGGUCCAUAAAACAGACACCACCUAAGGUGUUGGAAAAGAGUCCUUUGAAUAUCAAAUCUGUGUUAAAGAGACUGUACAGUUAUUCACUUCAUCCAGGAGCCUUCAAGAGACUAGGGGCCUCUCUGGCAUUUAACAGCAUCUAUACUAUAUUCAGGGAAGAGGCCUCUUUGGUAGAUUUAUUUGCAUUUGAUAUUUUGGUACAUUUUGUUGAGAGUUUGGCUAUAGCUCACACUGAUGAUAAAUCACUAGGCACCCAGGAACAGUGUAAGAAAACAUUAGAACAUCUAGAGAGGAUUAUCAUAGUGAAAGCUGAUAUACUGAGAAAAGAAAACCCUAAAAGAAAGGAGCCUAAAGCCUGGUCAACACCAAAAUUAGACAUUGGUGUACGAUGGUUAUUAAGAAGAUGUGGAGCUCCUCAUACAGAGUGUAGACACAUGUGUAUGAAACUUGUUCAUAAGUUAUGUCCACUGGUAGAAGGAAUAAAGACACCAGUACAUUACUUCCAGACUUUCCUGAAGCAUAAAAAACAAGUGUACUUUAUAAACAUGUUUGAAGGGGGAGGUAACCCAGACCCAAAGAGAACACAGUUAUGUUUGUUACAGUCCCCCACCAUGUUAGACUAUGAUACCAAGUUCUCAGUAGAUAAUGCAGUACAAUGGUUUGAUAUCUUCCUGGCUCCAUUAGAUUGUUAUGUUUGGUUAUUUGGAGAAAAACUUCUCACACCAACAGAGAUAUUUUCAGGUGAUGGGAUUGCCAUGUCUAAAGUGUUGAAAACCAUUCAGUAUUUUGUGGAGAACAUUGCUUUGACAGAUAUUAUAGACCUUUCAAGACAAUUCGAUAUAUUUGAAGAGUUCUACACACCAAAGGAAAUUGAUGUAUUCAAUAGAUCUAAGUGUACAGUUCUAGUAAGGAUAUUGAACUUGCUAACAGUAAUGAUAGCUAACUUUCAGAAAGAAACAUUCAAGGUAGCUCCCAAAGAAUUAUGGUCCAACAGCCUGUGGACAAUGAUAUGUACCUGUGUAGUACAACCAUCAGGAGUAGGAUUUAACCUGGGAGAUGUGGAGAUUAUGAAAAAUCUACCAAGCGAGACAGAACAGCUGUUGGUUGUCAUGUCAAGAUUUCUACCUAAAGAUGUCAUAACCAAUAUACAGAAAGGAUUUAAACAGGUCCUACAUGGAGACAAAGAUUUAUUAAGUGUUUUACCAGUCUCUUUAACUAGUCCAGAUAUAGACCUGUUUAACUUUGAACAACUUCUGAGAGGAUAUGGACAACUAUUUAAAACAAACAUGUUACCUGAUAGUUCUUCCAGUCCAGUCAGUAUGGCUAAACAACUCUUCAGCAAUGUUUAUAAGGGAAUGUCAGUAGAAAAAGAUGGAAUAUUAUCAGCUGUUAGUCUGACCCCAGCCGUGAAAUCUGCCUGUAAUAUUAUGCUAGAACUAUCAUUUCUGCUUGGUCUACCAACCCAGAUUCUGACUGAUGCCAUUCUUGAUACAACUUUAGUGUCAGGGUCAAAUAAAGCUCUUCAGCAUUUCUAUGGUGACUUGAUUUUCUCCACGUUUAAGUCAACUAUAUGUACUCAAAUUGCAAAAGAAUCAAAGAAUUUUUGUCCACUGCUAGCACAGAAAGCUGAGUCCAAUAGUCGUAGAGUCAGUAGUGUAUUGGUCAGUGUCAUAGAUCAUGUGACUAGAGAUAAACAGUUACGGAAGAGUGAGAGUGCUGCCAUUGUAAACUCUGUCCUUGAGCAGUGGGGAAAACUAUCUAGUUGGUGGGGAGACAAAGCCAGUUUAGAUCUUCAGAGUAUGGCUUUGCUUGUUUUAUCCAAGUUAAUCCUGAUUGAUAGCAAGAUAGCAUCAUCCCCAGCACACCAGGCCUUUGAUCAAGUCUUCAUGAUGUAUCAAACUCUAUUGACAAAUAAAGCAAACUUAGAUUUCAAAUGCCGAGUGUUAGAGUUAUUAGCAUUCUUUGCUUUGCUACCAAAUCCUCAUGAGAAGAAAUUGAAGGCUAGUCUUGACAGACUUAUAGCAGACAAUUUCCCUCUGAAAAGUACAGAGUUUGAAAAGGAGAGUCCUGAAUAUCAGACUUACACAUCAACAUUAGAUAGGAUACUGAGUGCAUUGGAGUUAUCAGGAAGUUUGAUGCUAUUGGAAGUUAUAAUCAGUAUAUUCUGUAGAGAGAAGGUUCAUGUUUACGAGGACAAGAUUGUUGCAUCACUCAGCAAAUUUAUUAAAAGAUUACCAGGAGAUAAACAGAUAUCAGCAUUAGAUGUACCUUACAAGAUUUUCUGUGAAGAAGGUCGUUACCCUGGAGAAAUAAGACGAGCGACUGUUGACAAAGUUCUAGUUACCAUGUUACGAUUAGUACAGUUAUCAACAUUGAGUCAGUUUUUUGUGGCAAAUAUGGAGAAACUAAGAAGUAUUGUGGAAGCCAAACCUAAGAGUAAAGACAUGGAUGGAUGGCUGAUUUCUAGACUUUGUUGUUUUGAAAUGUUUGAAGUUCUGUAUUCAAGAAUGUCAAAAGAUCAGGUGUUCAACAAAACUUCUGAGAUCAACAGAACAUUCUGUCAAGUGAGAGAUGCCAAAGUGGACACUGGGAAAGAAAUGACACAAAUUGUUAUGAGGUGUGCACAUGAUGCCAAGAGUGAAGAUAUGACAGGGGAGGCGACUCUGUUAGACUUGAGAAGAGAAUACCACUGUGCAGCAUACAAUCUCCUCAUAUCGGUGGUAUCAUGUACACAGACUGAUGCCAAGUUUUAUGCUGUCUUCCUGUUUGGAGAAAAUGAAGCCAAGAGACAGUUCUUAUAUGACAACCUUUUAGACAAAGAAAAGGAAUACAAUUUCCCUAUAGAGGUCAAGGCUCCAUAUGAGAGAAAGAAGAAAUUUGUAUCAAUAAGGAAUGAAGUGAAAGAAAAGAGGGAAAGAGAUGGAGAUGAAGAAGAUAUGGAAUAUUCAUCUUCCUUUAAUCUGGCUUCUAUGUAUCUUGGUGAUAGUAGCUUACAUGAAGACAUUAACCAGUAUGACUUCUCUGCUUCAGGUGCUUCUCAGUUUUUAGCAGACAAAGAUAAGAACAGAAAACCAUCUCUGGUCAAGAAAUCCAGCACAGAACCAGAUGAUGACCAGGAAGACAAAGGAGUUAUAGUUGAGGAAGACUAUGUAGAACUUGAUAUGGAUGAACUAAAUCAGCACGAGUGUAUGGCUCCAUCUAUAGCUCUUCUCAAACAUAUGCAACAAUCCAGUAUUAUACCAAAGGUUGAAGUGGGAGUUGUUCCGGAAUUGCCACAGUGGAUGAAAAAUAUAAUGGAAAAACUAAAGAAUCCAAGAACUACCAGGAAUGUUAAACUAUAUCUCACAAAACUCAUCAUUAAUACUUCCUCUAUAUUCAAACCAUUUGCAAGACAUUGGUUACGUCCCCUUUGUCAGCUGUUACUAGGCGGUACCUAUGGAGACAGUGGAAUCAAUGUGUUCCUUGUGGAUGUCAUGGUAACCAUGUUGUCAUGGAACAAAGUAGCUAUACCUCAGGAUACACCAGAGGAGAAAGCCAUGGCAUCUAGAGUUGUUGAUUUCCUGAUGAAAAAUGUCUAUCAUGAGACGAAACAAGUGUUUAAAAGUAAUUUAGAUCUUCUCAAAACCACACUUCAAUGCUGGAAAGAUAGAGUGGAAAUUCCUUACAAUUCAGUUUAUGAAUUGCUGAAAGGAGGUGAUAAUGAUGGCAGAGGUAUACAAGUUCUAGGCGUGGUCCUGUCUUGUCAGCUCCCUCCCUAUGGACCAACAGCACCAGUUGACAGAGAAAGAUUUUUUGGGGUUGUGACCCACCAAAUGACCAACCAUUACAAGAUAGUAUACAGUGCUGCUGCAGAAGUUGUUGGGUUGAUACUAAAAUACUUGGCAGAGAAAGAACGAGAGACUGAAGGAUUCCUACAUGAUCAUGCAACUAAAACUUUACUCAGUAUCCAGGUGGCCAAACCAGACAAUUUUAUCAUCUGUGUACACAGGAUGCAUAAACAUUAUGUUUCCAUAGCUGAUAGAUUCACAAAUAGAUUACUGUUUAUGAUGCCAAACCUAAGAGGAGAAUUUCGUACAUUAUGUUUGGAUGUUCUGCUAUCUAGGAUUGAUACAAUAUCAGAUGUCUUCAUAGAACUGAAAAGCAAGGGACUCCUUUCUUACCUUACACACAGAGAUGAAAAUACACAAUUGACAGCCAUGAAGAUAGUUAAAGCCAUCAUGGUCAAGCUAAAACCUGUAGAGAUGAACCAGAUAUACCCUGCUAUAACAGCAUUCGCUUCACAUCCUAGUGCUUCAUGUCGUAAUAUCAUGUAUGAUAUCAUGAUGUGGGUCUGUGACAAUUACAGGGAAGAAGAUGAUGUUGAUGCUAUAGAGAUUUUACGUCAGACAAAAGAUGGCUUACUGAGAGGAUUGGGUGAUGAAGAUCUUCAGUGCAGGUUAAUGGUACAGAAUUUCUGGAGUUCUGAGACCAGGUUACCAGGUCAUACAGUAGAUAGACUGGUUGCCAUGUUUGAGGCAAUGUAUUCUCCCAGUACAGAACAGUACUUCCUUAGUUAUGCCACUAACCUUGUUCUUGAGAUGACAUCCAAAAGUCCAGAUUACCAGAGGGAAAUAUUUGAGUUACCAUUAGAAGAUUGUAAAUUCCAGGAUUUGAGUGUGAAGUCGUCCUGGAGACACAGACAUGCUGCAAUGACCCCAUUAUUUGCUACAACCUUAGCAACACAGACUGACAUGGAAGAAGGAGAGAGUAUGAGUGUCAAUGUCAGGGCCACUCAACAAGAUGUUCAGUUCACUGCAACACAAGAUGCCUCUCGUGCACCAUUUAACUGGUUGACACAGAGCAGCUUAGAUACAUUCACAGAUUUCAGCAGUGUGGGCACAGAAACAUCAAGCUCCUUAAUGUUUACAGUGGGGACAGCGGAUAUGGCAGCAAGGGCAUCCAUUCAUCGGCCAUCAUUAAAACCACGAUCAGGGUUUGGGAAAUCAAGACCAGGAGCUCAAGUGAAGAAACAAGAGAAAGCUAAUGAGGAAGAUGAUGCAGAUAAAAGUGAAUUUUUCCGAUUAAAGAGGAGAUUCAAAAGAGACGAUGAGAAAACAAGAGUAUACUUCGCCAAAAAAAAUAUCAGGGUCCAACAAAUGAGAGAGAUGGUGAAAGCAGAACAAAAAAGUAAACGAGAAAGUCAAGUUACUAUGUAUAGAAAGUAUCGAAUUGGUGAUUUACCUGAUAUACAAAUAAAAUACUCUUACAUAAUAGCUCCAUUACAAGCUAUAGCUCAUAGAGACAGCACAGUAGCUAAGUUAUUGUUUAGUGAGGUUUUUAAAGCUAUAUUUAACAAGAUGGAUGAAGUAAAACCAGAACGUGAGAUCCAGGAGAGCAUUAAACAGAUCAAUAGUAGUAUUGAUACCAUCCUGUCAAGUUCUACUAAUUAUUUCCCUCCUUUUAUUAGCUGCGUUCUGGAUAUAUUGUUUGAAUUAAGAAAUAAAUUAACUGUAGAUGUCAGUAAUAUCAGCUCAUGUGCAGUCAUCAGUAAUAUCCAACCAUUAGGUAUUGUUGUUUUGGAAGAUCAGUUGAUUGUUCAAGGUGGCGAUGAGGCAAGAAGCUCAAAGAGAGGGCGUAAUGAUGGGUUAACAGUGUCCAGGGAUAUAGCUACGUGGAUAGAACUUGCCAGGUUAUACAAGUCAGUGGAUGAGUUUGAUGUAUUACUGGGUAUAUUUACAAACAAGUUAGGUACAAAAGAAAUAACAAAGAAAGCUGUGGAAGCAGAGUCCAGGUGUGAUUAUCAUAAAGCAAGGACCUAUUAUGAAGAAGCAUUAGAUAAAGAUUGGUCAGGAGAGAAACCAUUAGAUGCUGAAUUAGAUCUGUGGGAUGAUUGUAGAAUGAAGUGUUUGAAUAAUUUAACUCAAUGGAAAGAGCUACAGAAUGUGACAGACCUAGCUGUAGAAGAGGGGAACAUAGCCAAAGUAUGGGAUGAUACAUUUUAUCAGGAACACUAUCUGCAAUACAUAAUGAGAAGUAAAGUAAAAUUGAUGUUACAAGGAGAUGAAGACCAACAAACUUUACUAGAUUUUGUAGAUGGUGCUAUGAGAAAUCCUGAACAAAAGUCACUUUUGGAGAGUAGAUACUGUGAAUACUUAGCAUUAAUGUAUGCAUGGCAACAAGAUUAUGACAGAGCUCGCCAUUAUUCCAAAAUGGCACAAGAUAAAUUUCUGCAGGAAUGGUGUAGUACAGAUGUACUUAUUGUAUCAAGUAGAGCCUCUAGACUACAGGUGUUACAGCCUCUGGUGGAAUUACAAGAAUUUCUGGAAUUUAUGUCUCUAGAAAGUAAUUUCAACUCAAAUGUUCCAUAUACUCAGCUGUUAGCCAAAUGGGAAAGAAGAAAUCCUCAUGUAAUUCUUGAUUCUAUUGACACCUGGGAUGACAUAGUUACCAACAGGAAUGUAUACUUGGACCAUAUAUCCCAAAAACUGAUAUCUUGUAAAACUGAAGAUUCUAUGGAGAUAGAUGAAGGAGACAUGUUUCUGUCUUCCAAAGUCAAACUGAAACUGUUAAUGGCUGAGAGUUCUACAACACAAAACAACUAUAAACUGUCUCUUAAUAUCUUGGCAGAGACUAGAAGGCAAUGUAAAGAACUAGAUGGAAUAAAUAUGUUAUUGUGGAGCCAUCUUUAUACAAUGACUCAUCAGAAAAAAGCACAGAACACAGAAUGGUCAGAUGAUGUGUUCAACAGUAUACUGACUACAGGGGAUCUGUUAGGCAAGUAUGAAAAGAGUGGUUUGUUGAAAGAACAUGGCGGUCUUGGCAGACGACACUUUGUCCUGACUGGUCAAUCACACAAGUUAUUAGCAUCAGCUGUCUCCAACUUAAAAGACCUUCGGGAUCUAAAUGAUAAAAAUCAACAGAAACUAAAGGAGCUUACAGGAAAAUCUAAACCGUCAGAGAUUACCCAAGUUUUAGUCCAUAAUGGAUAUGAACAGAUAAAGAAGUCAUUAAGUUUUGAUGGUACAUCUACAUUAGACUGUAGAUAUGGAAUGGAUCAGGCCUAUUUAAUGGUGGCCAAAUAUUGUGAUACAUUCCUCAGACUGGAGGAAGAUGAUGAUAUGAGCCUAUUAGGAACAGACAGUGAUACUUUCACUUCCACAGUGAUUGUCUGUUUAUUAAAUGCUAUGAAGUUAGACUGUAAAGAGGCCAGACAAAGGUUCCCUAGAUUGUUACAAUUAGUUGAAAUGAAUCCUAAUACUGUAGAGAAAUUCAAAGAAAAGUGUGCAGAAUUACCCUGUUGGAUGUUUAUAAUGUGGAUUGGACAGAUGGUAGCCUUGUUAGACAAACCAGAAGCUAAAGCUAUACAUAAUAUAAUUAUAAAUAUAGCUAAGACAUAUCCACAGGCAGUAACAUACCCAUUCAAAUUAAGUGGAGAAGGUUAUACAUUUGGUAAUACUCCUGAAGACAAGGAAAAUAAGGCUGUCAAACAAAAAAUAGAAGAUUUGUUGAAUGAUUCACUUGUUUCAAAAUUUGUGAGUGCAUUGGAACAAUUUUCUCAGCCAGACCAGUUGUUUAAGGACUGGAGUGAAGACAUAAAGUUAUUAAUAAAGAAGAAAGAAAAAGACAAAAUAAAAGCUGAGUUUGCUAAAAUGUAUAAGUUGAUAUUUGACCAUAGCAUGACAUCAUCAGCCAGACAAUCUGUGGAUUCUAGCCAAGGACUUAGUCAAGUAUCACAAGCCUCAAUGGUAGAAACAGGGAAUUACAUCAAGAAGUUUGGAGCAAAAUUUAAAAAGGAUGUUGAAAAAGUGUUUGGAAAGGAUGGACAGAAAAUAGGAUCAAUGUCAUUAAAGGAAUUCCAAAUAAAUUUCAGUAAACUUUACACCGAGAUGGAUGAGGAAGUGAAAGGGAUUAACAAGAAAAAAGAGUUGAUACCACCCAGAUCUCUGGUAGAUUAUUGUGAAUGGAUGGCUGACUUUAGUGGUAGCACUCAGGGAAGAAGACUGGAAAUUCCAGGGCAAUAUAAUGGAGAAAGUAAACCUAUGCCAGAGUAUCAUGUCAAGGUUGUAGGAUUUGAUCCAAGGAUUCUUGUAAUGUCAUCUAUCAGAAAACCAAAACGUUUAACUAUCCGUGGAAAUGAUGAGAAAGACUACAAUUAUCUUGUGAAGGGAGGAGAAGACCUUAGACAGGACCAGAGGAUAGAACAACUCUUCCAUCUAAUGAAUCAAGUCUUUGUAAACAAUCCUGCAUGUAGGCAUCGUAAGCUUCAUGUCAAGACCUAUCAAGUCAUCCCUAUGACAUCCAGGGUUGGAUUGAUAGAAUGGGUGAAGAAUACAAUUCCACUGAAAGAAUUCUUACGUGGAAGUCUAACAGAGAGAGAAAACAUUGAUGAUAGAAAAACUGGUCCCCUGAUUUUACAUGUAGACUGGUUGAAAAAGUUAACUAAGGAGAACCAAAUAGUACAAUAUUGUCAAAUGUACUUAAAAUACAAUAAAACAGAGACUAUUAGAGAAUUUAAGAAUAAAGAAAGUAGAAUACCAUGGGAUCUUAUGAGGAGAUCGUUCCGACAAAUGAGCACUUCUCCAGAAGCCUUCCAUGUAUUACGUGUAAAUUGUGCUGUAUCUUAUGCAGUGAUGUCUAUCUGUCAGUAUAUCCUAGGCAUUGGAGAUCGUCACUUGUCUAAUAGUAUGAUUGACCUUAGUACUGGACAGAUGGUGGGCAUUGAUUUUGGACAUGCUUUUGGUUCUGCUACACAGUUCCUACCAAUCCCAGAACUAAUGCCAUUCCGUCUAACCAGACAAAUCUGUAACCUGAUGAUGCCUUUACAAGAGAAAGGACUUAUGGAGAGUACAAUGAUACAUACACUUAGAGCUUUACGAGAAGACUAUGAUCUAUUACUCAAUACUAUGGAUAUAUUCAUUAAAGAACCAUCACUUGAUUGGCAGAUAAAUGCAGAGAAACAAAAACAGGCCAUGGGUGAAGAUUCCAUUGAAGCUAUUGAAGAAACUGAAGAAGAUACAUCUUGGUUCCCAAAACAAAAAGUCCAAUAUGCACUUCGGAAAAUGAAGGGACAUAACCCAAGAAUAAUAACAAGAGAUGAAUUAAAACUUGGAGAAAAGAGACAUGGGCAUUUUUCAAAGGCGUUAAAAGCAUUUGAGAAUGUAGCUCUUGGUGAUCCAAAGGACAAUAUCCGAUCCCAGUUACCUGAUCAGGGAUUAUCUGUAGAACAACAGGUGGCAGCACUGAUAGACCAAGCUACUGAUCCAAAUAUCCUAGGUAGAACUUACGCUGGCUGGGAACCUUGGAUGUGAUAGUUCUGACCUUCAAACUUGUUAGUGAAAUUGUUAUAUUGUGUAUAAAACUGUAUUUGAUGUAUUAUUGUUGUGACAUAAGGGAAAUCCCCCUUUAAUGAAAAGACUGCUUUAUUAAUCAUAUAGUCAUUCAUCAGAAAAUGCAAAGAAUAAAAUCAACUGUCUUGAAAGGCUACAUGUCUGUCUGACACAUUUGACCUACCUCAUGUUUCAGUUUCAUUAUUAGAAUUUUGUAAUACAUGAAGGCAGAUUUUAAACCUAGUAUUCAAUCAUAAUCAAUUCAGCUAAAGCAGAACAUGUGUAUACCCUUUAUUUUGUUAUAAAAAUAAAUAUUUUUUUCAGUUCAUUUGUUCUAGACUAGUACUGUUAAUACUGGUUUUUUUUUUAGCUUGGAAUUUUCCUCAUAUUCUGAAUUACAUUUUUUGUAAAAUCAUGUAUUUAUAUAGAAUGUCUAUAUACUGUAGAUAGUUCACACUAUUUUAUGAAUACAUUGUAUUAUAUUGACUUCUUUCUGAUAAGUGUAGUAUUUGAUCAUUUAAACAAUCAUGUGAGAUAUUUUUGACAAUGAACUAUGCAUUAAAUGUUAACAUUUUAUUUGUCAAAAUGUGAAGUCUCACACUGAUUCCUGUGCUAUGUUUUUUUUAACAAAAAUCUAACAAUAAACAAUAGAAGAUACCAAUCUUAAAUAAAUGAUUACUUAGCUUUAACAAAAUAACAUUUAGAUGAGGGAUUCUUCAUUAUGCAUAAAAAUAAUUUAAAAACCUCUAUGAGGAAGAAAUUAAGAGAAUCAUGUAUUUUUGCAUAAAGCCAGCAAGUAUUAUUAUCUAAACUUAAAACUGAAUUAUAUAGUUAACUUUUACAUUGGUAUUCAUACUGUGUUAUUGAAAUUCAAUAGUUAAUCUGAAUAAGAAUGAUAAAGAUUGGUACAUAUUAUAUUAUCAAUUUUUGGAAGGACUUAUCUUUGUUGUGACAGAUUUUUGUUGUAUUGAUUAAAUAGAUAAUCAUGUAUUUUUAUAUAGUUACAUUUUGUGCCACACAGUUUCUUUAAAAGUUUGCCAUAUGUUUUACAUAGUUAAUGAGCAAUACCUGUUUGUCACUAAACCAAGAAAGACCUGAGAAUUACUCUUUAAUUUUGAUUUGAUUUUUUUUAAUGUGAUCAAAGUCAUUAUGUAGUGCUAUUGUAUAAUUUUACAACUAUAAUGAAUUGCUUUACACGUUUUUUUGUUAAAGUUUAUAUUACAGAUUGUAGUGUUUUGUCAUAAAGAAUUUUAAUAAAAUAGUUGAAACUCCCA